CAGGGGGCUACGUCUGCAUGUCCAGAGUGGACCCAAAGUCCGAGUCUGGAAACAAAUAUAAAACAUCUAUGGAGCGUGAACUGCAGCUGAUGGUGGAGGAGGGCCUGUGGAGCCCUGUCGAUACCAAAGAGAUGCACAGAUACAUGAUGGAUGUUUAUAAUGAUAAAAGCAAGGAUGAGAAAAGGGAGGAAUUCCUCCAGGGAACCAUGUACCUGUACAGGAAGUCUCUUAAUAAGCUGUAAAAUUAGGAGUGGAGCUAAAAAUGUGAGCUUACAUAUUCGUCGAGCAUGUGCUGGCGUUAGCGU